CAAUGGAGCACUGAAACGUUUACGAUUUUACCUCCCUUUCCCCCCCUUAACCCUUGUAUUCGCUUUCAUAGCAUACAAUAUUUAUUUUUUAGCGGAAGCGGGGGCGAUACAACGAUGUGGAUUCAGAUUCGCACUAUAGACGGGAAGGAGACGCGAACCAUUGAGGAUCUUUCUAGACUGACCAAAAUUGAGUCUUUACGGUUGAAAAUUCAGGAGAUCUUCAAUGUAAACCCGGAGCAGCAGCGGCUGUUUUACCGGGGAAAGCAGAUGGAAGAUGGCCAGACGCUGUUUGACUACAAUGUGGGCCUCAAUGAUAUAGUCCAGCUGCUGAUUCGUUCUCAGACUGACCCUUCAGACUGCCCCACCCCAAAAGACUGUGUUGAUGUAGCCCAUAGUUCAACUCCUCCUCCAGGUUCCAGGCCUGCAAGCCUGAGCCCCUCAGUGCCAAUCUCACCUGCAGCUGUGCCGAGCAACGCCAACACAAAUGACAUCGCUGCAGUCAGCAGUAAGAACAACAGCAUGACCACCAGCACCAGUAUCAUAGCCAAGCUGGAUCUCAAUGAUACAAGUAAUUCAGACAGUACCAAAAAUGGAUCCAAGACCUCCAGCCCAGCACAGGACAUUCAGCCAUCCACAUCCAGCAGAACUACACUAACUGACCCUGGUAUUGGAGUGUACAAGAUCAAUGAACUGGUCGACUGCAGAGAUGUGAGCAUUGGUGCCUGGUUCGAGGCCUCCAUCGAAAGUGUGACAUGUGCACCCAAGGGACAGACAUCUCCUACGAAGGGCAAAGUGGGUCGGCCACCCAAAAGGACUAAUGGCAAGCUGGAGGCCGACCCAGGACAGGCUCAAAGCCAGGGUCAAACCACCAUGACCACAGACAGUAACAGGAACAAUGUUUCAUUAAAAACGGACAGUUGUGGAGCCUCCACCUCUCAGACAGACUUGACAGUGACAGCCAAAUGCCCAGCUGCUGCUACAGGAGAGACCAAGGAGAGAGAGGACGUUAUAUACCAUAUUAAAUACGACGAUUACCCAGAGAAUGGCGUGGUGGAGAUGCGACCCGUGGAUGUUCGGCCCCGUGCCAGGACCCUGCUGCGGUGGGACCAGCUGAGGGUGGGCAUGCUAGUGAUGAUUAACUACAACCUGGAGACGCCUGAAGAGAGGGGGUUCUGGUUUGAUGCAGAGGUUCAGGCCCUAGACCAGCCCACCCGGACCAACAAGGAGCUUCGUGUUAAAAUCUUGCUGGGGGGUCCUGGAGAUGUGAUAGAGGAUUGUAAGGUUCAGUUUCUAGAUGAAGUCUACCAAGUGGAGAAACCAGGAGCCUGUGCCCUCUCUGCUGCUGAUGGACAAUUUAAAAGGAAGAGUGGGCCGGAGUGUAAGCACUGCAAGGCGGACCCGGAUGCUGAGUGCCGCUUCUGCUCAUGCUGUGUGUGUGGUGGCAAGCAGGACGCCCACAUGCAGUUACUGUGUGAUGAGUGUAACAUGGCCUUCCACAUCUACUGUCUCAACCCACCCCUCGCCACCAUCCCUGAUGAUGAGGACUGGUACUGUCCAACCUGUAAGAAUGAUACCAGUGAAGUGAUCAAGGCAGGAGAGAAGCUCAAAGCCAGCAAGAAGAAGGCCAAGAUGCCCUCAGCAACAACUGAGAGUCAAAGGGACUGGGGAAAGGGCAUGGCCUGUGUGGGGCGCACUAAGGAAUGCACAAUUGUCCCCUCCAACCACUAUGGCCCUAUACCCGGCGUUCCUGUUGGAACCACCUGGAAAUUUCGGGUUCAGGUGAGCGAGGCAGGGGUACACAGGCCACAUGUGGGUGGUAUCCAUGGGCGUAGUAAUGACGGCUCCUAUUCGCUGGUGUUGGCUGGAGGCUUUGAGGAUGAAGUGGACAGGGGAGAUGAAUUUACCUAUACAGGAAGUGGAGGUCGUGACCUUUCAGGAAACAAACGGAUUGGAGAGCACUCUUUUGAUCAGACUCUUACCCAUAUGAACAGAGCACUUGCCCUGAACUGCGAUGCACCCCUGAAUGACAAAGAUGGGGCAGAGUCCAGAAACUGGCGGGCAGGGAAGCCAGUCAGAGUGGUGCGCAGCUCCAAGGGCCGACGCAUCAGCAAAUAUGCUCCUGAGGAGGGAAAUCGCUAUGACGGUAUAUACAAGGUGGUUAAGUACUGGCCAGAGAUUGGAAAAUGUGGUUUUCUGGUGUGGCGGUACUUGUUGAGGCGAGAUGAUUUAGAGCCGGCUCCAUGGACUCCUGAGGGACUGGAAAGAAUCAAGAAACUGGGCUUAUCCGUGCAGUACCCACCAGGCUACCUGGAGGCCAUGGCAAAUAAGACAAAGAAAGAGGCCAGCAUCAAAAGUGGAGGGUCCACUCGGGGUAAGCGCCAUGCUGGGAGGGGCAGGCCGCGACUACACCCCAAGGCUAAGGAGGAAGACGAGGACGAUGACGAAGAAGAGGAACAACUAAUGGCUACUGAAGAUGAGGAGGAGCCACAGAGUAAUGGAGGGCAGAAGAUACCGAGGGAGAGCGAGCUGUCACCAACUGAGGAGCCCCCUUCUAAGCGGCUGAAGGUGGAGGAGGCCUUCCAGCUGUCUGAGCAGCAAAAGCAGUUGAUUCAAGAGGAUGUAGCCAACAAAAAGCUCUGGGAUGAGGCCACUGGACAUCUUGGGGAGGGCCCGAACUUUUUGCGCAAGGUGGAGCAGAUCUUCAUGUGUGUGUGCUGCCAGGAGCUAGCCUACCAGCCCGUCACCACCACCUGCUCGCACAACGUUUGCAAGACCUGUCUCCAGCGCUCGUUCCGUGCAGAGGUAUACACCUGUCCUGCCUGCCGUCAUGACCUCGGAAAGGACUACGUCAUGACCCUUAACAAGACGCUUCAGAUGCUGCUCGAUCAGUUUUUCCCUGGCUACAGCAAGGGCCGAUGAGGUCGCAAACAUGUUUAUUAGUAGAAGACAUAUACAUACUCACAACUGCAUCCAUUCUGUGCACCCUCCUGUACCCUUGAGUACCCUUGAGCUCCACUUUAAAAUGCGUCACAUACACACACACACAUCUACCUACAGACAAAUGUACAAUGUGUAUACUUUCAUUUAUGUAUGCAAUCAUUCAUACACAUCAACAAACUUAGCAGGGAACUGACCUCACCUGUUGAACUUGGACUAGCUCCAUUAACAUCACCAGCCUGA